AUGGGGGAACUCACCACAGUAGAGAAUGUAUCCGCUGUCUGUGACAAGGGGAAGGAAUGGCUAGAGAGCAAGGGGGAAGUUCCCCUAUGUGCUUGCAAAGCGCACAAGUGCGAAGAUCCCGACCUUUUCACGGAUGUGCUGGGUGAGUUGAUACCUCUUCAGCCGCCCCUCAACGAUGACACUGGUACCAUGUUUGCCAACACCGUGUUGAUGCACAUUAUCAAGGCGGCAAACCUCCGGAGACUCACAGUCCACAGUACCAGGGGAGGAACCGUGGGAUCGGUGCAGUACAUCUUGCGGCUCCCAAGCGGGACAGAGUAUAUCUAUCGCGGGAGGCCUGACUUCCUCAUUUACCAACGCCUCAGCCAGGAGGAGAGGGCGCUUGGGAGUGAAUUUGGUAUGGAGGAAAGAGUGCGGGGGAUUGGCGAAGGACAAUCACCCCAGGGAUCCUCUUCAGCGGUGAAGAACCGAGCAUUCGCCCAAGCUGGCAUAUAUACCUUGGGGUGCGUGCCGGGAGAGACAGUGUAUUGUACGCUCAAGGAGGGAACUUUCAACGCAAACAUAUUGACAGCUGGUCAUCAGAAGGAAGAAGAGACUCUUCAGAAGGGGGAAGAGACUGCUGCAGGUCUUCAGAAAGGAGAAGAGAGGACCAAACCGGAGAAAGUAAGGGCUACCAAAGGCUGUCAAGAAGCUAAAAAUAAAAGCAGCCAGCUGCAGCUGCUUAGAGACCGUCAGCCUAGGGACCUAAAUCCAAAAAGAAACUCCCUCCUCCUCCUCCUGGAUCAUCAUUCCCUCCUGGACAGCGUGAAAGUUCAGUCAGACUCAGAUUCUCCUAUCUCCGCACAUUCAAGGUCACGAAUGGACUACCAACAAAGGGAAGUCCCUUGUCCAGUGUGUGCUAUGGCAUACUCAGGCACAGGGGCUAUUUUUGGAAACCCUGAAGGUCACGUUGACUACAUUCUUCAACAGAACCGGAAGUGCAGACACCUGCGGCACUAA